AACUGCAUUUCCCGGCGUGCCGCGCGUCGCCACCCACUUCCGUCGGGCCUGCGGAGGCGCUCUGGUUCGGGCGGCGGCGGCGGCGGGGGCAGCGGCGGGAUGGAGGAGAGCGAGUGGCGCAGCGCCAACUUCCGGCAGAAGCUCGUCAGCCAGAUUGAAGAUGCCAUGAGAAAGGCUGGCGUUGCUCACAGUAAGACCAGCAAAGAAAUGGAAAACCAUGUUUUCAUGAAGGCCAAAACGCGGGACGAAUAUCUCUCUCUCGUGGCAAGACUCAUCAUCCAUUUCCGGGAUAUUCACAACAAGAAGUCCCUGGCCUCCGUCAGCGAUCCUAUGAACGCGCUGCAGAACCUGACUGGUGGUCCUUCAGCAGGACCAGGGGCCAUAGGGAUGACUUCUCGUCCUCAGGGGGCCUCCCUGGUCGGGUUGAGUGGACUCGGGCCCCCCAUGGGGCAGCCAAUGAAUCUCCCAGGGCAGCAGCCUCCUGGACCUGCCGGGAUGGUCCCUCACGGCAUCCCCAACAUCCCUGCUGCCAGCCAGCCGACCCAGCUCCAGCUGCAGCAAAUGGCUGCACAGCAGCAGCAGCAGCAGCAGCAGUUCCAGCAGCAGCAGCAGCAGCAGCAGCAACAGCAGGCCGCCCUGCAGCAGCAGCAGUUCCAGGCCCAGCAGUCAGCAAUGCAACAGCAGCAGUUCCAGGUGCAGCAGCAGCAGCAAGCAGCAGCAGUAGCUCAGCAGCAAAUGCAGGUGGCCCAGCAGCAGCAGCAGCAGCAAAUGCUCAAGUUACAGCUGCAUCAACAAAGCCAGCAGCAAAUGCAGCAGCAGCAGCAGCAGCAACUGCAGCGAAUUGCUCAGAUGCAGCAGCAGCUGCAACAGCAGGCCGCUCAGGCUGUUCAGGCCCAGCAGCAGCAGCAGCAGCAGCAGCAGCAGCAGCAGCAGCAGCAGCAGCAGCCACCUCAGCCCCCACCGCCGCAACCGAUGCAGCAGCAGCAGGUGGCCCAGGCUCCUUCCCAAUCGCUUCCUCCCCAGCCCCUGGUUUCUCAGGCACAGACCGUUCCGGGACAGAUCCCUGGCCAAGUCAUGUCCAUGGCCAUCCUGCCCCAGCAGUUAAAAGCCAUGCAAGUCAGAGCUUUGCAGCAGCAGCAACAGCAGCAGCAGCAGCAACAGCAGCAGCAGCAACAGCAGCAGCAGCAACAGCAGCAGCAGGUGGCUUCCCAAGUCCAGGCUGCUCAGAUGGGAGCAUCCAGCCAGAUGAUCACCGCAAGUAUGGCCCGAGGUGGGAUGCCAAUAAGACCACGGUUCCCGCCCACCACCGCUGUCUCUGCCACGCCUCCAAGCACCAUGCCUUUGGGUGGACCACAAAUGCCUCAGGUCAGCCAGAGCAGCAUGACCCUGAUGUCUUCUCCUUCGCCUGUCCAGCAAGCCCAGACACCCCAGCCGAUGCCUCCCCCACCUCAGCCGCAGCCUUCUCCUCAGUCUGGGCAGCCCAACUCCCAGCCCAACUCCAACGUCAGUUCUGGCCCAGCCCCGUCUCCCAGCAGCUUCCUUCCCAGCCCAUCUCCGCAGCCUUCGCAGAGCCCGGCAGCUGCCCGGACACCGCAGAAUUUCAGCGUCCCAUCUCCAGGGCCACUCAACACGCCAGGCAACCCCAGCUCUGUCAUGAGCCCGGCCAGCUCCAAUCAGUCUGAGGAGCAGCAGUACCUGGAGAAGCUCAAGCAGCUGUCCAAAUACAUCGAGCCUCUGCGCAGGAUGAUCAACAAGAUCGACAAAAAUGAAGACAGGAAGAAGGACCUAAGCAAGAUGAAGAGCCUGCUGGACAUUCUGACGGAUCCUAAGAAGCGCUGUCCUCUGAAAACUUUGCAGAAAUGUGAAAUUGCUCUGGAGAAGCUCAAGAACGACAUGGCCGUGCCCACCCCUCCUCCCCCUGCAGUGCCUCCCACAAAGCAGCAGUAUUUGUGCCAACCGUUGCUGGAUGCUGUCCUUGCCAAUAUCCGCUCGCCAGUCUUCAAUCAUUCCCUGUAUCGGACUUUCAUGCCGGCCGUGACCGCCAUCCAUGGCCCCCCAAUCAUGGCUCCGGCGCCCUCCCCUCAGAAGCGGAAGUACGAAGACGAUGAGAGGCAGACCAUCCCAAACGUGCUGCAAGGGGAGGUGGCGAGAUUAAACCCCAAGUUCCUAGUCAACCUCGACCCCGCCCACUGCAGCAACAAUGGCACAGUCCAUCUCAUAUGCAAGAUAGAUGACAAGAACCUUCCGAGCGUUCCUCCGCUGCAGCUCAGUGUCCCGGCCGACUACCCGGACCAGAGUCCCCUCUGGAUUGACAACCCUCAGCAAUACGAAGCAAACCCUUUCCUGCAGUCGGUGUAUCGCUACAUGAUGUCCAAAUUGUUACAGCUGCCAGACAAGCACUCGGUCACCGCCCUCCUCCACACCUGGGCCCAGAGCAUCCGGCAGGCCUGCUUGUCUGCCGCUUGACCGGCUGGUCGGGCACCAGAAACAAGAGCCUCUGUGGGCUCAGAGCUGGCCUUCCUGCUUGCACUGCUUCUGCCUUGGCGCCUGGCCAGGCUCUUGAGGCCUACGGGAACGUCCAGUUUUCAGGGGAGGGUUAAAAAUGCCUUUGCAGAGAAGAGUUUGUGGAAAGCGAACCGGGUCCCAGGAGCCCCCCUCAUGGAAAGAUGGGCAGCCGGUCCAGUGCCAGCCCUGCCCUCGGUCGGCAGGAGGACCCCCUGCGCUCUGCUUCUCACAAGGCAUCAAGGGGGGGCCGGCAGGGGAUCUACCAGGGAUCCGGACCUCUGGCUUUUAAUACUCAAGUUGAUGUUUCUGAGAUUUCAGUUUCAGGAAUUGGACUGUUUGGACACCCCCUUCCCCGCCUUGGCAGCCUUUCUGAAUGUUGGCAUUGUUAAGAAGGCAUCCUGGAUGCUUCCUCUUCUGUCAAUCUGCGCACUCUGCCAUUUUGAAGAUUUUCAAGUAAUUACUUUGCAGGAUGCUAAUUAAUUGUAGUACAACAGGUGUAACCUUUCAGAUACGAAUCAUUGCAUUUGUUUUAUUGUAAUAAAUCUAUUGUUACAGUA